AUGGAGAGAACGAGUGAGAAUUUGCCCUGGAUCGAAAAAUACAGACCUGAGACACUAGAUGAUGUGUAUGGGCAACAGAACGUAGUGAACACGGUAAGAAAGUUUCUACACGAAGGAAGACUACCUCAUUUACUAUUCUAUGGUCCACCGGGAACUGGUAAGACCAGUACCAUUGUAGCAUUGGCUAGAGAGAUAUACGGAUCGAAUUACAGAAACAUGGUCCUAGAAUUGAACGCGAGUGACGAUAGAGGUAUCGAUGUGGUGAGAAAUCAAAUCAAAGAGUUUGCCAGUACAAGACAGAUCUUCAGCAAAGGGUUCAAACUUAUUAUCCUUGACGAAGCAGAUGCAAUGACCAACGCUGCACAAAACGCACUAAGAAGAAUCAUAGAACGGUACACCAAGAACACAAGAUUCUGUAUCUUGGCUAAUUAUGCACAUAAGCUAACACCAGCACUCCUGUCAAGAUGUACCAGGUUCAGGUUCCAACCUUUGUCCGAACAAGCCAUCGAACGUCGUAUUGCGAAUGUGUUAGUGAAGGAACACUUGAAAUUAGACCCUCAGGCACACGCAGCGUUAUUAAGGCUCUCUUCCGGUGACAUGAGACGAGCAUUGAACGUACUACAGGCAGCAAGAGCUACGCUAGACAAUCCUGACACAGAAGAAGUCACCGAGGAUUUGAUCUACGAAUGCAUCGGUGCACCUCACCCACGUGACCUUGAAACCAUGCUGGAAUCAAUUCUCAAGGACGACUGGACUACCACUACAUACACCGUGAACAAAAUCAGAAUCACAAAGGGCUUAGCACUUAUUGACAUGAUUGAGGGGAUCGCGGGCCUACUGGAACAAUAUGAACUGAAACCUCAAACCAGAAUUGAACUUCUAUCUAGACUAAGUGAUAUCGAAUAUUCGAUCUCAAGAGGUGGUACCGAUUCGAUCCAGACCAGUGCAACCAUCGGAACGAUAAAACAGUGCAUGGAAUUAGAGGUGUGA